AUGUACCAUGAGUGGAUGCUUGAAGACUGGAUGGGUCCUCAAGCACCAGGUUACAAGGAAUGUAAGGGAGGAAAUUGUGGUUCGAAUACCAACAGUGCAGUGGUCAUUGAGCAUCUUGCAAACUUGAGCUCAUGUGAUCUUGCAGCUCUGUAUGUGAAAUGUGUAUUUCAUAACUCUCCAGACACCAUACCCCUUGUUGACCUCUUUUAG